GGUGCCUCCGGCGGCGGCGAUGGCGGCGACUGCGUGCGAGACAAGGCGGCGGGGCUGCGAACACUAUGACCGCGGGUGCCUGCUGAAGGUGACUCGUGGGUCUGGCGGGGAAGGGGAGGCGCCUUGCUGUGACAAGCUUUAUACUUGCCGGCUGUGUCAUGAUAACAAUGAGGAUCAUCAGCUAGAUCGCUUUAAAGUACAGGAAGUGCAGUGCAUCAACUGUGAAAAAAUUCAACAUGCCCAACAGUCUUGUGAGGAAUGUAGCACAUUGUUUGGAGAAUAUUACUGCAGUAUAUGCCAUCUGUUUGACAAAGAUAAGAAGCAGUAUCAUUGUGAAAACUGUGGAAUUUGUAGGAUUGGUCCCAAGGAAGAUUUUUUCCACUGUUUGAAAUGUAACUUAUGCCUAGCUAUGAAUCUUCAAGGAAAACAUAAGUGUAUUGAAAAUGUUUCUCGGCAGAAUUGUCCAAUAUGUUUGGAGGACAUUCAUACAUCCCGUGUUGUUGCUCAUGUCUUGCCAUGUGGACAUCUUUUACAUAGAACGUGUUAUGAAGAAAUGUUGAAAAAAGGCUACCGGUGUCCGUUGUGCAUGCACUCUGCCUUAGAUAUGACUUGGUACUGGAGACAGCUGGAUAAUGAGGUGGCACAGACUCCUAUGCCGUCAGAAUAUCAGAACAUGACUGUGGAUAUUCUCUGCAAUGACUGCAAUGGACGAUCCACAGUCCAGUUCCAUAUUUUGGGCAUGAAAUGUCAGAAUUGUGACUCUUACAAUACUGCUCAAGCUGGAGGGCGUAGAAUUUCACUGGAUCAGCAAUGACCAGCUUGUACGUCACAGGAAAACUCAGCAUUUGUGAUAUGGAGAAAAGUUCUGUGGAAAAGUACUCUCUUGUCAUAAUGUGUCAUAAUCAGUAAAUUAUGUAUUGUCCCAGCUUUUUUUUAAUCUCUAGAAAAAUACAUAUCAACUUAUUACUUUUUAAUCCUUCAGUUUCUGGGGUUAUCUUAACCAGUACAUGGAACUAUGCAUGAUACUAACUUCAGCUUAUUUUUGAAGUAGUAUAAGCUGUUUUUAUAUCUAUCUCAGAUUAUGUAGUGUGGCUUACAUAGACCAUGUACCCCAAAGGCCUCAUGUGCCAUAGGUUGGGCUUUUGCAGGAUGAUUGAAUCAUCAGGUGCUGUAGCUGACUUGUGAGAAGGUGGUGUCUUCUUUGCUUCCUGGCCACCACAGUGUGAGUAGCUUUCUUCUGCCCAGGUCAUUUCACCAUGCUGUCUCUGCAUUGGAGCAGGGCAACUAGACUGAAACCUCUCAAAACCAUAACCCCAAAUAAAUGUCUCCUUUAAGCUGUGGUGUUGGGGUAUUGUGUCUCAGCAGCAAGGAGAGUGACUAUGCAUAUUUAAUUUUCCUUUCCUUAGAUUUUCUUUUGAUCAUAAAAGUACUAAGGUGCCAACUUAUACUUACCUGGCUUUUAGCAGGUAUUAAACAGAUGAGUGGAUUAAUUUGAAAUGAAUUAAAUUGAAAUGUUACUUUAUUUUUUUGUUUAAAAAAUUUUAGUUGACAAGCAAUUGUAUAUAUUAUAUACUUGUGGGGUAUAAGUUUUGAUGUAUGUUUAUAUUGUGGAAUGAUUAAACGAAGCUAGUUAACAAGCCCACCUCACCAUUUUUAUAUGGUAAAAACAUUUAAACUAGUAAUUUAAAAAUGUGUGAUGCAUUAUUUACUAUAGUUGCUAUUCUGUACAGUAGAUCACUGAAGCUUAUUCCUGAAAUUUUGUACCCUUUUAUAAACAUGACUUCCAGCUGCCAUUCUGCUCUCUACUUUUCAGCUUGUUUUUGGAUUGCACGUACAAGUGAGAUCAAGCCGGGCCUGGCUUAUUUUGCUUGGCAUUAAUGUCCUCCAGGAUCAUCCAUGUGGUUGCAAGUCACAGAAUUUUUUUUUUUUACAGAUGAAUAGUAUAUACUAUAUAGGACCCUUUUAUAUCCAUUCAUUCAGUAAUGGACACUUAAGUUGAUUCCUUAUCUUGUCUAUGUGAGUAAUGUUGCAGUGAACAUGGAAAUGCAAGUACCUCUUUGACAUUCUGAUUGUAGUCCUUUUGAGAAGCAGGUGUGGCGCCACUGAGCUAAAUCCCCGGUCCUUGUAGUCCUUUUGGAUAUAAACCCAGAAGUGAGGUUGUUGGGUCAUAUAAUUCUAUUUUUAGUUUUUGAGGAAUCUCCAUACUGUCCUUUAUAUAAUGGCUUUACUAAUUUGCACCCCAAGGGUAACCUUGUCUCCACGUUGUUGCCAACAUUCAUCUUUCCUCUUUUCAGUGAUAGCCAUCCUGACAGGUGUGAAGUGAUACUGCAUUGUGAACUUCAUUGGCAUUUCCCUGGUAGUUAGUGAUGAGCACUUUUUAAAUAUUUAUUGGCCAUUUGUUUUAUUUUAUUUUUUUGGUACCAGGAAUCAACUCAGGGCCUUGUGCUUGCCAGGCAGGUGCUGCGCCAUUGAGCAACAUCCCCAGCCCCAGCCAUUUGUAUAUCUUUUCAGAAAUGUUUAUUUGGUCCUUUGCCUAUUUGUAAGUUGGGUUCUUCAUUUUCUUGCUAUUGAGUUGAGUUCUUUAUCAGUUUUGAAUAUUAACCCCUUCUGAGAUGUAUGGUUUGCAAUUUUUCCAAUAUUUGUGGGUUUUCUCUUUAUUGUUUCCUUUGUUGAGAGGAAGCUUUUUAGUUCAGUGCAAUCUCAUUUGUUCAUUUUUGCUUUUGUCGCUUGUACUUCUAAGAUCCUGUGCAAAAAAAACUGCUCAGACUAAUGUGGAAAAUUUAUGUCGUGCUUCUUUCAGCUAGUAGUUUAAUGGUUUCAGAUUUUACAUUUAUGUUUAUAAUCUAGUUUUAGUUGAUUUUUAUAUGUGAUGUGAGAUGAGGAUCCAAUUUCAUUCUUCUGCACAUGGAUAUGUAGUUGUCCAACACCAUAUAUUGAAGAGACUAUUUCCAAGUGUGUAUUUUUGGCACCUUUGUUGACAAUCAUUUGACAUUAGGUGUGUGGGUUUGUUUCUGGGUUUACUAUUCUGUUCCACUGGUUAAUGUGCCUGUUUUUAUUCCAAUAACAUGUUUUUUGGAUUAUUAUAGCUUUGUAAUAGGUUUUUGAAGUCAGUGUGAUGCCAACUUUGUUUGUUUUGUUCAAAAUUGCUUUGGCUAUUUGAUCUUUUGUGGUUCCAUAUGAGUUUUUCAGGAUUUUUAUUUCUGUUAAAAUGUUACUGAAAUUUUGAUAGGUAUUGCAUUGAAUAUUAAUAGUUAACAAUAUUAAUUUUUCCAAUAUGUAAACAUGAGAUGCUAUUCCAUUUAUUUAUUUCAUCUAUUUGUUUUCUUUGUAGUACGAGGGAUUGAAUAGAGGGCCUGCACACUUAGUUAUCCCUCCAACCCCCAUCUUUUUGAGGCAGGGCCUCAGUAAGUUGUAUAGACUGGACUCAAACUUAUAAUCCUUCUACUCUGCCUCCCAGAAUGCUGGGAUUACUUGCAUGUACCACCAUGCUCUGCUUUGUGCCAUCUGUUUCUUUCAUCAAUCAUUUACAGUUUUCAGUAAACAAAUCUUUAACUUCCUUGGUUAA